AGAACGGCGCUGGCUCGCCAUCGCGGCGCCAUGUGGCCCGCGGUCACCGAUUGCGUUGAAAAGUGGCGACGACAGACUGAAGCGUUAGGUCUAGGAAGUGAAAGUCGUUUGCGAGGACACGUAUGGGGUUCACCGACUGGUGUGGAGGACGACGCGGUUCCGACGAUCGACCGCUCACACCGCUAUCGCGCCGAAGAAAGUUCAGAUGAGUAUGAAAUCAGCCCAGCCUUGAUACAAGACGACGACUGGAUGUAUUUACCUCUAGAAACCGUCAAUAACAGUUUUUAUGAAAAUCCUCCUACCAAAGAACAGGUAGACUCCAUUAACCCCGAAACAGAAGACAUAGCACAAAAGUUAAAAUCACUCCUAAUACAAGCUGGAAUUCCAAAUAUAAAUGAGCAGCUGCUAUUGAAAGGUUUAUUGGCGAAUCAGAGAAAUACUGAAACGGAUACCCACACAAACCCACAAAAUACCGACAAUAAUCUAAAACAAAAUUCUAACGACUUUCUUCAAUCAGAAAACGAUUUCAUAGAUGCCUAUAAUGCUUUAACUAGAUUAAGUCCAUUACCUAACAUAAGUAAAGCAAAUGAGAUAGUACACACUGAACAGAAUUCUAAUAAAAUUAAUAAUAAAGAUAGUGAAAUUAAUUCGUCAGAACAAGUAAACACGCACGAUCCUAGUGAAAAUAAGACACUAGAAAAUAACACAAAUUCUAUACCAUCAUCGGAACAAAGUUUAAAAGCACCUCAAACACAAAGUUCGACUAAAGAGAGUCAAAAUAAUUCUGUUGAUAGAAUUCCACAACAUAAACCUGAUACUAAAUCCAAUUCUCAGUCUAAAGUAAAAAGGUCGAAAUCACCGAAAAGAAUAACUGCAAAACAAAAUCAGCGGGUCAAAAAAAAGCUGGAAUCUAGUGACAGUGAAUCGCGUGAAGAUGAAGAAAAGAGAAACAAUUUAAGUGACAUGGUAGACAAUACACAGAGAUUAAUACAGCAAAUGAAAAAUGAACUAAAUACCGAUAUGAACUCACUCGACAGCCGAAGUAACAGUAGAAGCGAGAAUAACUUGAGCGCUAAUGAUUCCGAAUUAUCAUCAGAGAAAGAGUCUUCAUAUGAUGAAAGAUCAGAAAGUGAAUCGGAAGACAUAUCUUCUGAUGAAAGUGAAGGUGUAACAUCUAAUACCGAAAACAAUAAUUUGGCGAAGACUGCAACGGUUACGCGAACGAGUUCUGAGGACAAUGAGCAAUUUGAAGAGGCUAUCGACCAUUUAGACAUUGAAAUUGAAAAUCCAAUUCCAGUAAAUGAUAAUUUAGGACACCAACACUUAGAAUUUCAACAGAGGAACAUAGAAAUUUUAGAUUCAAUAGCUAAAAGUUUGCAGGAAGAAUAUUCAUCAAUGAGAGAGGAACAAAUAAAUAUGCCCCGAAAUGACCAUGAAGAUUUUAACAAUAACCUAUUCAAUACUGUAAAUUCAUUUGAAGAAAUUUAUGAACAACUUACGGAAAAAAAUACUUCAACAAAAGUUAAUAUAGAACAACCCACCAAAUCAUCAGAAAAUAAUAAAGCUGCUUAUUAUUCCGUAAUUCAGAAUCCUAAGCAUAACAAACAAGAAGUGAAGUUUGUUACGUACAAUCCACAAACAGCGAAUACAUACUUGCUAUCAGAAAGUACUAUAAUGUUACAUAAUGCAAUUAUUGAAGAUGUUAAUAACGAAAUAGUGAUCGAGUCCAAUGAUUCAUUAGAUAGCAUCGGCACUAGUAAUUUAAUAGUUUCAAAUGAACAUCAAUCUGAAGACAAUUCUAUGGGACCUAAUAUACCAAGAGAUAAUAAUAUUACAAUGAACAAUAACUUAAAAGAUUCUGAAAUUUCUACAGAGAGUGUUGUAAAUUCCACUAUAUCUGUAAAUAACGCAAGCACAUCUACUCCGACAAGUAAUGUAUCUACCGUAACCGAGAACGAUGAAGAAGACCAGAAAACCGAUAUUAAUUCAAACAUUCAAGAAAACAGUGCAGCAACAGAUAAAGUAAGUCCAAAAGAAAAUAUGGUGGAUGAUUCUGAAAACACAACGAUUGAUGACAAAAAUGCAUCAAAUCCAAAUCCUAACAAAGGAAGUUUGCAAGUCAAGAGCUCAUCAAAUAAAAGUAUUUUUAACAAAUCUAACAUACCUAAAUUAGUAAAAGCAUUGCAAAAUAAUAAACUAAAAGUUGAAAAAACUACUCCAAAAGUUUUAGGCUCGAAAGUACCAAUACGACGUACGUCACUUAAACACUAUCCUGCACCAGCCCCUCCAAACGGACAUUUCGGUAAUGUUCAGAAUGGAAAUGUAAAACAGCUGCAAAGUAAAUUAUUAAAUAACAAAGUACAGAACUCAACAAACGUGUCAACGGAGGUAGAAGUGAAGCCAUCAACAUCAUUCUCGUCCACCCUUAGUAAGAAAAAACCUGCUCCGUUACCACCAACAUCGGUGGAACGUAAACUUGAAACACCCACAGAAGAUGUGCAGGAUAAGGAAAAGAAACAUUAUUUCCGUGAAACUUGCCGCACAGAAGACGAGUGGACGGACAGUGACGAUGACGAGUGUCAAAUGCCCCUUACAAGAGAAAACAACGAACCAGAACCGGUUCCCGUAUCACCACCUCCACCUAUUACAAUGCGCCGAGUGUCAGGGCAAUUAGUGGACUUGGCUGCCAUUCGGCUACCUGAAGGUUCACCAGAGAGGCAAGCACGAAUGUUGCUAGCUGAAGGAGCUACAGAGAAUUGGGAACAGGCGCAAUUAGCUGUAGAAUUAAUAACGAGAGGAAUAAACCCUCCAUCUGCUCUUCUGGCCGCUUUAGAAUGUGUUGAUCUUGAUUCUGCUCUAGCGUACUUGCAGCAAGAUUGUGAAUUAUGCGCCUCGCGACUUCCUGAAUAUGAAAUGGUGUCAAUGUUGCGUUGUACUCACAGAUGCUGCAGAGAAUGUGCGCGUCAUUACUUCACAGUGCAGAUAACAGAGCGCAGCAUAGCGGACUGCGUGUGUCCGUACUGCAAGGAGCCGGAACUGGAGAACCUGCCCGAAGACGCAUGGCUCGAAUACUUUGCGCAUUUAGAUAUAUUGUUAAAGACAUUACUUAACACUGAUGUGCACGAAUUAUUUCAGAGAAAGUUAAGGGACAGAACUCUGGCUCGUGAUCCAAACUUCAAAUGGUGUGUGGAAUGUUCUUCUGGUUUCUUUGUACAUCCUAAACAAAAGAAGUUACGAUGUCCAGAGUGCAGAUCUGUGAGCUGUGCUUCUUGCAGAAAACCGUGGUCUUCAAAUCAUGAGGGACUAUCAUGUGAACAGUACACAAAGUGGUUGGAGGACAACGACCCCGAGCGGUCAGUGGCGGCCGUACAGCAACAUCUCAAAGAAAACGGCCUCGACUGUCCUCGAUGUCAUUUCAAAUAUUCGCUUUCUAGAGGUGGUUGUAUGCACUUCACUUGUACGCAAUGCAAAUACGAAUUCUGUUACGGAUGUGGAAAGCCGUUCACGAUGGGCGCGCGCUGCGGCCUCAGCGAGUACUGCGCCAAGCUCGGCCUGCACGCGCACCACCCGCGGAAUUGCCUCUUCUAUUUACGAGACAAGGAGCCUCACGAACUACAAACUCUACUACAGAUGAACAACGUUACUUACGAAACAGAACCAGGUCCUGGCAGCACGGGCCGCUGCCCCGUACAAUUGCAGAGAGAAACUCCAAGCGGUCUGGUUGAUGGUACUUGCGGAAGCGAAUCCUCACCGAAUAAUGCCGGACUAUGCAAGAUGCACUACGUGGAGUACCUGGCGGGGUUGGCGCGCGCCCUUGACCCUAUCCCCAUCAUGGACGUGAGCGAACUGGUGGCGGAGUUGCGCCGGCGCGCGCUGCCGCUGCCCGAGCGAGGUCCAUGGGACACCGACCCCAUUUACGCGGGAAUGUGCGCCGAGGUAACAGAUGCACUUCCACAGAGCCGUGGCACCGGACGACAUCUUAAUGCUGUUUUGGAAAAAUCACAAGAGUAACAUGUUGUUUAACAUCAGGGUAACGUUAGGUCCACUUUCAACUUCACGUUUCAUAUACCAACAUGAGGACAUUCAUUCAGACAUUCAUGUUUAUUGCAGCACAUAUGUAUGUGCUGUAUAUUAUUAGGUACUAGCUUUUCGCCUGUAACUCCGUACGCGUGAAAUUAAAAAACCGAAACUAAGAACGAAGUAGCCUAAGUGUUGUUUCAAACUAUGCUC